AUCCUUGGGCUUCCUGUGUAGACAACCGACCACAAACACGCUCAACCAACAGUCUAUGUUUACAUUAUGGGAUGCUUUCCUCACCAAGGAAUGGAGAGAAAAGAUUAUCUGAUUUUUGUGUUACUUUUGGCAUCGAUAUUUGGAAACACUGUUGGCCUACGAUGUUAUUCUUGUACUACCGAGGGAAGUAAAUGCUCCUAUACCAUUGGUUGCCAUGGUGAAUGUUACAAAGCAAGCGCUGAACGUACGUUUACGUAUGUACACAACAAAUCCGAAACAAGAGUGGUCACUACAACAGGAUGUAUCACAAACUGCUCGAUAGAAGAACAGAAAAGACAGGCGUGCUAUGGGAAUUUUAAGGAUAAUUGCGAGCUCGAUUGUUGUUCCACUGAUUACUGUAAUCGUCUGAUGUUAAACGACACCGGAUUCUCGGGAGGUCAAGGCUACCCAAGCUGCCAUAGCUGCUCCUCCACUGACUCAUACGAGCAUUGUCAGGCUAGGUCAUCACUCACCACCUGUAGCUAUACCACUGGAACGCCCUAUUGCUACAAGAUGGACUACAAGUCCUUAUCAAGAACAAAGAAGCGUAUCUAUAAGAAGGGUUGUGUUAGGAGCUUUGAAGGAUGUGAAUCCUUGCGUACAGCUUAUUGUGGAGUGGGAAACAGCGCGGAUUGUAAUGUUUAUUGCUGUUCUGGAAAAGCAUGUAAUGUCGGCAAAGAAAAAAUAGUCAGCGUUUAUGUGAUUCUGGCAUGCGUGGCUGUAGCAAUAGGCUUCGGAAAAAUUUUGUAAGUUAAAUGUAGUGGUUUUUACAGAGCAAAAAGCAUGGUAAGGAUAUGCCAUUUUGU